AACAGCACAACUUGUGAAGUGCAGUCAGAGGCUCUCACCCAAAGUUCUCCACCACCGACCCCACUGCUGUUGGGGUGGGGGGAAGGGGGAGAGAGAGAGAGAGAGAGAGAGAGAGAGGGGUAAAGUCAAUCAUUCUCCACUUUGAAGAUCGGUUGGUCAGGAAUUGGACUUGAGAGACUAAAGCCCCUCAGGAUGGUGUCUAAAGGCUGUAUUGUGGUCACAAAGUACCUGCUCUUUGUCUUCAACCUUAUCUUCUUUUUCCUGGGAGGGUUGAUGCUGGGGUUUGGGCUGUGGAUCCUACUGGACGAGAACAGCUUCAUGACUGUGUUAAAGACGGUGUCCAUCCCUGUGAACCUGUGGUCCUAUGUGCUCUCGGGCCUGGGCACCUUCACCAUGAUGAUGGGGUUCCUGGGCUGUUUGGGGGCACUGAAGGAGGUUCGCUGUAUGCUGGGAUUUUACUUUGCGUUCCUGGUUUUCCUCCUGGCUUCCCAAGUCACCAUCGGAGUUCUGAUCGUCACACAGAGGAAGGUGCUCACAAAGGAGCUCGAGUCCAGAGUCAGGAAGGUGAUUGAGAAAUACAACGACACAGACAGUAGCAGCAAGAACCUGGAACACAGCUGGGACUUCGUCCAAUACACGUUGGCUUGCUGUGGCUGGAACUCGUCCCAAGAGUGGUUCAAAAACAAACACCUGCAGUUGUCGACUAAGAACCACACCUUCCCCUGCUCGUGCUCGCUGGCCUUAAAGGGCAACUUCACCGGGUUCUCCAACAGGCCCCAUGGCUUCUGCUCUGUCUCCACUGACUCUCAUCCACUGAACGGCGAGGUCACGGGCUGUAAGGCACAAAUCUACAACUGGUUGGUGAAGAAUCUCUUUAGCAUCGUGGCAAUCUGUAUCGGGAUCAGCCUGAUCGAGGUUUUGGGGAUGGUCUUCGCCAUGUACCUGUUCAGGAAUUUUGACAGGGAUUACAACAAGUUGAUCCGAUAUCACUGACGAGGACACAUCAGAAACAGCAACAGGCAGUAGUGCAUCAGAAUUAAUAUCACCCCCUUCCCCCCAAAAAAUCCCUCCUUUUCCCCCAUCGCCCCCAUCUCG